AUGGAACAAAUUGAGGCUGGAGAUGCUCAAACUUUAGUGAACAUUUUAAGUCAGGAACAAUUAGAGGAUCCAAACUUCUUUUUUAGAGUGAAGUUUGACAAAGAAGGAAGAAUUUGCAAUAUCUUUUGGAGAGAUUCAAUGAUUCUAGAAGACUAUAGGAUAUAUGGAGAUGUUCUUGUCUUUGAUACAAAAUACAGAACCAACAGAUAUAAUCUUAUAUGUGCUCCAUUUGUUGGCAUAAAUAACCACUGGCAUAAUUGUAUGUUUGCUUGUGCUUUUAUUGAGGAUGAAACGACAGAUUCAUUUGUGUGGUUACUACAAACCUUCUUCAAAGCUAUGGAGGAUAGAAAACCAACUUCAAUAUUCACUGACCAGGACCAAGCAAUGGAAAAUGCUAUACUGGAGGUGAUUCCUAAUACAAGACAUAGACUUUGUAUAUGGCAUUUGGAGCAAAAUGCCAUAACCAAAUUUGGAGCUCUUAAAAAAGACAAAGAAUUCAAAUUUGCAUUCAACCAGUGCUUAAAGAUGUGUGUGACAGAACAAGAAUUCGAAGCAAAGUGGCAAGCAAUGUUGCAAAAAUAUGAGUUGACAGAACACUCUUGGUACAAAAGAGUGUAUGAGUUGAAAGACAAAUGGUGUCCUGCCCUUUGUAGAGAUUUCUUUUCAGCAGGGAUCUUAUCGUCACAAAGGAGUGAAAGCACUAAUCAUGCCAUAGGAUUCAGAGCAAGUAAAGCAACUACUUUGACAGAAUUUUAUACCAUAUUUAAGAAGACAACUAAUCGUUGGAGAAGCACAGAGAAAUAUGAUGAGUUUACCUGUAGCAAGUCAAUAGCAUUCACUUCAUUGCCUCUAUCUGGAAUGCUAAAGCAUGCUGCACAGGUUUUCACUUUAUCACUCUUUAGAAAUUUUGAAGAGGAGUUUGGAUACUCUAUGGCAACAACUGUUCAAAUGUUAGGCAGUAAUGAAGAAUGCCUACUUUAUCAAGUAACACUAGAAGACAAGCCAUGGUCUGCACAUCAAGUAAACUAUAUACAAGAGAGCCAAACUGUAUGGUGUACUUGCAAAAACUUUGAAGCAUCUGGAUGGUUAUGUUAUUAUUGCAUCAGAAUUCUACAUUUGCAUUCAGUAACAAGAAUACCAGACAAGUAUGUUUCAAAAAGAUGGACUAAGUUUGCAAAAACAGAGGCAUGGGAUAGGUUGAAGAAUCAGGAUCCUAAACAGCAAUAUAUUCCAUGGAGGCAAACAGUGAUGAGGAAAUACUACAAUCUAAUCUUAAAAAGUCAAGAAAAUGAAGAGACAAGAGCAUUUAUGGAAGAAAGCUUCAGAAACAGUCUUAAAAUGGUGGAAGACUUACUUGCUAGUGCUGCUUAG